UGAAACGAUUGUGAGGAUGGAUACAAUGGGAAUGGGAUGCCAUUUUCUUUACCAUUAGGUUUAAGUUUAACUACUCUCAAAAAGGUUUAACUAGUAAGAAGAGAGAGGCAAAGUGAGGGCCAUUUCAAAGCAGGCGGCACUCCAGCUUGGUUGUGCCCAUUGACCAACAACAUACUCCAUCAGUAAAGGUUAUCAGGCAAGAAACCCACUUACCGUCUUAUGCGCGCAUGGUGCUUACUUACCAAUACAAAUAAAAGAGAGCAAAGUUGAAAUAGAUUCAGAAAUCAGAAGUUAUAAAGUCACACUCCUGCUCUGCUCCCUUCUUAUCCUCCAUUGCAUCCAAGCCGACCAGGCCACAGAUAUAAGCAAGACGAAGAUGGAGACGCGCGGCGCCUUCAACCACGUUGUCCUGCUGCUCGCCGCGACGUCCCUCCUCGCCACCGCCGCCAGCAAGGACCGCUGCCACUCCGGCGACAAGGCCGCGCUGCUGGCCGUCAAGGCGGCGCUCGGCAACCCCUACCACUUCGCGUCCUGGACGCCCGACGACCCGUGCUGCGACUGGUACGACGUUGACUGCGACGCCUCCACCGGCCGCGUCGUCGGCCUCUCCGUGUUCCAGGACGCCAACCUCACGGGCACCAUCCCCGACGCCGUCGCCGGCCUCGUCCACCUCCAGAGCCUCGUGUGGCACCACCUCCCCGCGCUCUCCGGCCCCAUCCCGCCGGCCAUCGCCAAGCUCUCCAACCUCUCGCAGCUCACCAUCUCCUGGACCGCCGUCUCCGGGCCGGUGCCGUCCUUCCUGGGCACGCUCACCAAGCUCACGCUGCUCGACCUCUCCUUCAACUCCCUCACGGGCGCCGUCCCGGCGUCGCUCGCCGCCCUCCCCAGCCUCUCCGGCAUCAACCUCAGCCGCAACCGCCUCACCGGCGCCAUCCCUCCGCUGCUCCUCAGCAGGUCCCCCGACCAGGCCUACCUCUGGCUGUCGCACAACAACAUGUCCGGCGCCAUCCCCGCAGGGUUCGCCGCCGUCAACUUCGCGCACCUCGACCUGUCGCGCAACGCCUUCGCGGGCGACGCGUCGGGCCUCUUCGGCCGGGGGAAGGAGCUUCAGUACCUGGACCUGUCGCGCAACGCCUUCAGCUUCAACCUCUCCGGCGUGGGGCUGCCGGAGCAGCUCUACUUCAUGGACGUGAGCCACAACGCCAUCUCCGGCGGCAUCCCGGCGCAGGUGGCCAACCUCACCAACCUGCAGUUCUUCAACGUCAGCUACAACCGGCUCUGCGGCGCGGUGCCCACCGGCGGCCACAUGGGGAGAUUCGACCUCUUCAGCUUCCAGCACAACAAGUGCCUCUGUGGAACUCCGCUUGCUAAUCCCUGCAACUGACAAUAGACCAGAAGAUGAACUCUAGUCUUUAUUCUCAAGAAGAAAUAAAAUCACUGAUAAUAUCAUAAAGUUCAGUGAUACUAUGGGUUAAAUUUUAUUUUCUUUUUUGCAUCAAUACAUUUCGCUAAGUGCCCGCCAAAA